ACAGAGCCCCUGGGACAGAGUUCCCUGGAAGUCAGACACCUCCCACUCCGGCUGAACUUCGCACACCUCAAAGCCAGAAGUUUACGACUCCCACCUGCUCAGUCACACAGGAAGCAGUGUCUCCUCCCCAGUUCUCCCCACCCAACUAUGGUCAAGGGAGGGAUUCCAGGAAACGCCAUCUCCCAGUGACCUCAUGGCAUGCCCUGCUCCCCACCCCAGGGGCCAGAAGGACCAGAAGGAGUAGAGAAGGGGCUGACCCCGCCACUGAUGGGAAAUGCUGGAUAAUUCGAGAUGCCCUGGAGUUUGGACUCACUCAGUUGAUAAGUGGUGGCUGGGACUCUGGGAAGCACAAGAGGUGGAGCCAGGUGGCUUCUCUGUCCUGUCACUCCCACCUUCCCCUCACUCAGCCUCCUGUUCCUUUCCCUCUGUGACUCAUGUACAAGUGAGUCAAUUUCAGGGAAAGAGAAUUCGUGCAGACUGAGGCAGAGGCCUGCGUGGACGGGCUGGGGAAGGUAUCGUGAUGCCCUCAACACCCUCUCACAAAGGGGCUGCCUGUUCUGACUGCAAAGGGCCCCUGGAGGAUGGAGUGACCGCCACCUGUGGACACACCUUCUGCCGUCUGUGCCUCCCCCCACCCUCCCAGAUGGGAGCCCAGCCCUCUGGCAGGGUUCUGCUCUGUCCCCUCUGCAAGAAGAAGGAGCAGACAGAGACCCUCUUGGUCCCCGUGCCCCUGGGCCCUCUGGGGGAGACUUACUGCGAGGAGCAUGGUGAGAAGAUCUACUUCUUCUGUGAGAAUGAUGCCGAGUUCCUCUGUGUGUUCUGCCGGGAGGGACCCUCCCAUCAGGCCCACACCGUGGGCUUCCUCGAUGAAGCCAUCCAGCCCUACCGGGAUCGUCUCAGGAGCCGGCUGGAAGCCCUGAGUGUGGAGAGAGAUGAGAUUGAAGCCAUGAAGAGUCGGGAAGACCAGAAGCUCCAAAUGCUCCUGACUCAGAUUGAAAGCAAGAAGCAGCAGGUGGAAGCAGCUUUUGAGAGGUUGCAGCAGGAGCUGGGGGAACAGCAGCAUCUCUUGCUGGCCAGGCUGACGGAGCUGGAGCGGCAGAUCUGGAAGGAGAGGGACAAGUAUAUCUCAAAGCUCUCUGAGGAAGUCACCCGGCUUGGAGCCCAGGUCAAGGAGCUGGAGGAGAAGUGUCAGCAGCCAGCAAGUGAGCUUCUACAAGAUGUCAGAGUCAACCAGAGCAGAUGUGAAAUGAAAACUUUUGUGAGUCCAGAGGCCAUUUCUCCUGACCUUGUCAAAAAGAUCCGCGAUCUCCACAGGAAAAUACUCACCCUCCCAGAGAUGAUGAGGGCGUUCACAGAAAACUUGGUGCAUCAUCUGGAAACAGAUUCAGGGGUCGUCACAUUGGACCCUCAGACCGCCAGCCGGAGGCUGGUCCUCUCCGAGGACAGGAAGUCAGUGAGAUACACCCGGCAGAAGCAGAACCUGCCAGACAGCCCCCUGCGCUUCGAGGGUCUCCCGGUGGUGCUGGGCUCCCCCGGCUUCUCCUCCGGGCGCCACCGCUGGCAGGUGGAGGUGCAGCUGGGAGCCGGCGGCGGCUGCACGGUGGGCGUGGUCGGGGAGGAGGUGAGGAGGAAGGGGCAGCGGGGCCUGAGCGCCGAGGAGGGCGUCUGGGCCGUGAUCCUCUCGCACCAGCAGUGCUGGGCCAGCACCUCCCCGGGCACCGACCUGCCACUGAGCGAGGUCCCGAGCCGCGUGGGCGUCGCCCUGGACUACGAGGCGGGGCGCGUGACGCUGCUCAACGCCGAGACCCGGGCGCCCAUCUUCACCUUCACAGCCUCCUUCUCCGGCCAAGUCUUCCCUUUCUUCGCUGUCUGGAAAAAAGGUUCCUGCCUUACGUUGAAAAGCUGAGUUGGAGCGGCCAAAGGGCGGUGUAGCGGAGAAAGCAACCCCUGGGAUCCAGCUCCAACCUCCGGGGCAAGUCGUUGUGCCCAAGACGGCAGGAGGACCCGGGAUCUCAGGGCCCCUACAGCUCUGUAAUUUUUUCACUUUAUUUAUCUUAUGUCUUUCAACUCCCUGACGUUCCUGGUCCCCCCACCCAACCCCCUGCCCCAACCGCUGACGCUCCUGCCUUCUAUGCGUGGGGAGUGUAGAACCAGAGGUGGGCGAGGCUGCGCCUAGACCAGCAAAGCUGGGAAGCGGGGUGGGAGUAGAGGGGUUGAGAAAAAAAAAUAAAAUAAAAUAAAAAAUUUUUAAGCUUCUAAGGAACUGUCAUGGGAAAAACAGAGCUUUAUGGAUCUUGCCCUAAUUUAUUCAGUUGACUGUUUUUACUUGGACAUAUACAUGGAGCUGCUUUGGCCUUAUGGCUUCUUCAUCCAGCCCUGUGGAGUCGCAGGUCCCCUUCCAUUCUGACACCUUCAGGUCUUUUUUUCAUAGAGAAUAUCCUAAGAAAGUGUGCGACCCACCCAGGCUCCUGCAUUUCAUGUGUCUAAUCAGUGUUGAUGGGGCUGAAGGAAAGGCUUUAAAGUCAGUGGAAUCUCUGUGACCAAGACACAUCCUGCCCCUUCUUUUACUCAGGACUUGCCUGAUGGCAGUUGGGCCAGACCUCAUUGUCCAACAAAACGAGGCUUGUGUUCAGUUCUAACUAGCCUCUUAGAUAUGCAUUAUUAUUACUGCUGUUAUUAUUGGACACAGAAACAGACCAUACAUUAAAAUAAUUUUAAGAAGCUAAGUAUGAAUUUCUGUGAUAAUGAUGAUUUCCACACCACCACCCUUUCUGAUUCUUGCUCUCUCUCCUCUCAAGUUUAACACUCACAUUCCCAUUGUCCCACCCAAACCCCGAAAAGAUCUACCUUCAUCCUCAAUCAGUUCCCUCUAGUAUAAAUCUGUAAGUUUACCAUUUAUAUCAUAUGAGCCUUGCUCCCCAAGUGUGGGGUCAGGUGUUUUAAAGACACUGUAAGUGCCUGUGCUAUAUGUGAAUUUCAUUACAAGACAGUAAUAAGAAUCACUGGGAUUGUGAAUCAUUACCCCUAAUUUAACUGAGCAAAUAGAAGUCCUUGAUGUAAAAGAAGCCAGAGUUUGGGGGUUUCUUCUGUCCUCCUGAGUGACAAGCAGAAUGCAUUGCCUAAUAUUUAUUAUAAAAGUGGUAUAUACUGCUGGUUAAAAAAAGGAUUCAAACAUUUGCAUAGAGUGUAAGUGAAAAGUCCCUCUCUCCACCUCACUUCCUCUUACCACAUUCUAUAGGUAACCACCAGUAUCACAGUUUGUAUAACCUGCCAGUUUUGUAGACAAGUACAUUUAGCUUUUUUUUUAACCCAAAUGAGACUAUACCAUAAGUACUCCUUGCAAUCCACCUCCAGAGAAAAACUAUAUAUAACACAUGCCUUGCUGUAACACUUGUCAAACAUUACCGAAGUCAAAAGUUAUUUUGCAAAAAUACACAUCUUCUUUUGAACCUUAUAACAAACCUGUGAAAUACAGAGAUCUCAUUUUGUUUUUCUCGCUCUGUGGUUGAGAAAACUAGCACACGGUUAAAGGAACUUGUCUAACAGGUUUCACAGCUGGUC